AGUGGAAGCGAGAGAGGGAGAGAUGAAGCCAUUGAGCAGUGCGAGAACAGCCGGUGGCUUGACGGCAUCCAAUUCUCCCAUCCCAUACCUAUUCGGCGGCCUCGCAGCCAUGCUCUGCCUCAUUGCCUUCGCCUUGAUCAUGUUGUUCUGCUCAUACCGGAAGAAUUCCGGUCAGGGAGGAACGCCGGAGGAUCCGCUCGAGAAGCCGGCGAAGCCUGCCACCGUCCUGAAUGAUAUGGAGCAGAAGGUGGUCGUGAUCAUGGCCGGAGACCACUGCCCUACUUUCAUUGCCAAGCCCUGUUCCUGCGGGGAAAAGCCUGAGAGCAAAACAGAGGAACCAGUAGGCGCUGAGAUCGUCUAACAGUACCUUGUCGGCAGAACUGACUUCUUCUUCUUCUUCUUCUUCUUGUUCUGCCAUUUUUGACAUCUUAUGUACGAUCUCGGCUCGUUGUAAAUUGUUGAGCAUAACUUUCCAAGGAAUCAUCAACUUCUGUCAA